CGACGAAUUGGAACCGGCUUACUGACUUUUGCGAUACUCACUGAUAUAUGGCACAGAUGCUCCUGCACCGGAAACCAUCAUGCGUGCACUGGAACUGCUCAACUACCUCGCGGCUCUGGAUGAUGACGGUGGUAUGACCCCGCUGGGGCAGAUUAUGGCCGAGUUCCCCUUGGACCCCCAGCUGGCCAAGAUGCUCAUCUGCAGUCCCGAGUUUGGAUGCAGUAACGAGAUCUUGAGUUUGACGGCGAUGUUGUCCGUCCCAAAUGUGUUUGUCCGUCCCAACAACGCUCGAAAGGAGGCCGACAUGGCCAAAGCUCAGUUUACGCAUCCCGACGGUGAUCACUUGACAAUGCUGAACGUUUACCACGCUUUCAAGUCGAAUGAACACGACAAGCAGUGGGCAUGGAACAACUUUUUGUCGCAGAGGUCGCUGCAGCAAGCCGACAAUGUUCGAGCCCAAUUGCGUCGAUCAAUGGAGAAGUACGAUCUGGAUCUAGUUUCAACCGCGUUUGAAGACAAGAACUAUUGGCUCAACAUCCGGAAGGCUCUUACGGUCGGAUUCUUCAUGCAAGUUGCCCACAGGGAGGGAGAAAAGGGAGCCUACAACACCGUCAAGGACGGUCAGAUUGUCAAGCUGCACAAAUCGUGUGGUUUGGACACCAACCCAGAGUGGGUGCUCUACAACGAGUUCGUGUUGACGACGGCCAACUUCAUCCGCACAGUUACCGAGAUCCGGGGAGAAUGGCUUUUGGAAUACGCACCGCAAUACUUUGACUUGGACACUUGGAACGAAGAGCACCGAAAAGGCGAGACCUUCAAAGCUGUCAAGGCCCUGAAAGAGCGGUUGAUGGGGCGACGAGGCAAAUCUGAUGGCGCCGGAGCCAUCAAGGACAAGAAGCGAAAGACACACUGAAGAAAGAUUGUCGCGUCGACAAGUUGUACACUGGGUUUCAAGCGAUCGCCAUAGACAAUCAAGAGCGAUCGAAAUGUUUCAUUAUGCAUAAGCAGCUGGUUCGCCAAGACU